CGACCCUACGUGGCAGGGCAGAGAACCAGCCCCUUCCCCAGCGCGCCCACCCUCCACGCAGCGGGAGAUAUCGAAGGCUGCACCCGAGGCCUGGAGAGCCAGAGAGGAGUUGCGAGUUGACAGUGAGGGCGCGGCGGAUCGGAGCUGGGGUCUGGUGUGGGGCUCGGGCUCCGUAAUGUGAGGGGUUGGGCUGGCCACGUGACUCCAAGGGGCGGAAGCAGGCAAGCUGCCAGCUAGGACUGGCGGUGCGCGGAGCCGAGCGGGGCGGGCUGGGGGCACGGUCUGAAUAAUUGAGGAGCUGCUGGGCAGAGCGGCCGCCGCCUGCUUCCUGCGCCGCCGCCGCCGCCGCCGCUGCCGCCUCCCGCACCGCGGCGGGAGAGACAGCCCCGCGCAGGACGUGCGGACCACCGGCCACCAGCCUCUUGGGCAUCCAUGCCCAGGAGAAGGCUGCUUUGGCUCCCUCGGGAUCUUUCCUGAAAGGGAGAUCCCUGUUCACUAGAUGAGUUCCAGAAUCAUCGAGUAAGGCUUCUGUAACCCUCUUCCAUCAGCUGACUGUCACCACAACCCUACCGUACAAGAUGAGUGGAUUCCUGGCCUCCCUGGACCCCCGGCGGGUACAGUGGGGUGCUGCAUGGUAUGCGAUGCACUCCAGGAUCCUGCGCACCAAACCAGUGGAGUCCAUGCUGGAGGGGACUGGGGGCACCACAGCACAUGGCACCAAGCUAGCCCAGGUGCUCACCACCAUGGACCUCAUCUCCCUGGGCGUUGGCAGCUGCGUGGGCACUGGCAUGUAUGUGGUGUCGGGCCUGGUGGCCAAGGAAAUGGCAGGACCUGGUGUCAUUGUGUCUUUCAUCAUUGCCGCCGUGGCGUCCAUCUUAUCAGGCGUCUGCUAUGCAGAGUUUGGAGUCCGAGUCCCCAAGACCACGGGGUCGGCCUACACCUACAGCUAUGUCACUGUUGGGGAAUUUGUGGCGUUCUUCAUUGGCUGGAACCUGAUCCUGGAGUACCUGAUUGGCACUGCGGCUGGCGCCAGCGCUCUGAGCAGCAUGUUUGACUCGCUGGCAAACCACACCAUUAGCCGCUGGAUGGUGGACAGCGUGGGAACCCUCAACGGCCUGGGGAAAGGUGAGGAAUCCUACCCAGACCUUCUGGCUCUGGUGAUCGCCGUCAUUGUGACCAUCAUCGUGGCGCUGGGCGUGAAGAACUCCGUGGGCUUCAACAACGUCCUCAAUGUGCUGAACCUGGCGGUGUGGGUGUUCAUCAUGAUUGCAGGCCUCUUCUUCAUCAAUGGGAAAUACUGGGCUGAGGGCCAGUUCUUACCCCACGGCUGGUCAGGGGUGCUGCAGGGAGCAGCCACGUGUUUCUACGCUUUCAUUGGCUUUGACAUCAUCGCCACCACUGGAGAGGAAGCCAAGAAUCCCAACACAUCCAUUCCCUACGCAAUCACUGCCUCCCUGGUCAUCUGCCUGACAGCUUAUGUGUCUGUAAGCAUGAUCCUAACACUGAUGGUGCCAUGUUACGCCAUUGACACGGAAUCCCCACUCAUGGAGAUGUUUGUGGCUCAUGGUUUCUACGCUGCAAAAUUCGUGGUGGCCAUCGGGUCUGUUGCAGGGCUGACGGUCAGCUUACUGGGCUCCCUCUUCCCUAUGCCGAGGGUCAUUUACGCCAUGGCUGGUGACGGACUUCUCUUCAGGUUCCUGGCUCACGUCAGCUCCUACACAGAGACACCGGUGGUGGCCUGCAUCGUGUCAGGGUUCCUGGCAGCUCUCCUCUCGCUGCUGGUCAGCCUGAGAGACCUGAUAGAGAUGAUGUCCAUCGGCACGCUCCUUGCCUACACUCUGGUCUCUGUGUGUGUCCUGCUCCUUCGAUACCAGCCCGAGAGUGACAUUGAUGGUUUUGUCAAGUUCCUGUCCCAGGAGCACACCAAGAAGAAGGAGGGUGUUCUGGCUGACUGCGAGAAGGAAGCAUGUUCUCCUGUGAGUGAAGGGGAAGAGUUUUCCGGCCCAGCCACCAACACGUGUGGGGCCAAGAACCUGCCAUCCUUGGGAGACAAUGAGAUGCUCAUAGGGAAAUCAGACAAGUCAACCUACAACGUCAACCACCCCAACUACGGCACUGUGGACAUGACCACAGGCAUAGAAGCAGAUGAAUCGGAAAACAUUUAUCUGAUCAAGUUGAAGAAGCUGAUAGGGCCCCGUUACUACACCAUGAGAAUUCAGCUGGGCCUUCCAGGCAAAAUGGACCGGCCUACGGCGGCGACAGGGCACACGGUGACCAUCUGCGUGCUCCUGCUCUUCAUCCUCAUGUUCAUCUUCUGCUCCUUCAUCAUCUUUGGUUCUGACUACAUCUCAGAGCAGAGCUGGUGGGCCAUUCUUCUGGUUGUUCUGAUGGUGCUGCUGAUCAGCGCCCUGGUGUUUGUGAUCCUGCAGCAGCCAGAGAACCCCAAGAAGCUGCCCUACAUGGCCCCUUGCCUGCCCUUUGUGCCUGCCUUUGCCAUGCUGGUGAACAUCUAUCUCAUGCUAAAGCUCUCCACCAUCACAUGGAUCCGGUUUGCAGUCUGGUGCUUUGUGGGUAUGCUCAUUUAUUUCGGCUACGGCAUUUGGAACAGCACCCUGGAAAUCAGCGCCCGGGAAGAGGCCCUGCACCAAAGCACGUACCAGCGCUACGACGUGGAUGACCCCUUCUCCGUGGAGGAGGGUUUCUCCUACGCCACGGAGGGCGAGAGCCAGGAGGACUGGGGCGGGCCGGCCGAGGACAAAGGCUUCUAUUACCAACAGAUGUCAGAUGCAAAGGCCAACAGCCGGACGAGUAGCAAAGCGAAGAGCAAAAGCAAACACAAACAGAACUCAGAGGCCCUGAUUGCAAAUGAUGAGUUAGAUUACUCUCCAGAGUGAGUGUGAACCCGCAAGAGGGCAGAAACAGUGGAGGUUGGUUUGCAGUAACUUAACCUGUGGGCUCCAAGGUGAAAACAUUUUUGGCUCUCAUUUCACAAACCCAGCCUUCCCCAAAGUCAGUCCCCAGUCAUAGCCUGUUGUUUGCUGCAUUAGCUCUUCUGGAUUGUUCUGUUGCAGAAUUUCACCCGGGUCCCCUAGCUGGUCCCCUGGUUUAAAAAAAAAAAAAAAAACUAAACCAGAGGCAACAUGAAAAUCCCACUUUAGGUGCAACCAUCAGAGCUGACACUGGCAAACGCUUUGCUGGUUGGAUCUUUGUGGUUCUUGUUGAGACCCUAAGCAAGGAGUACACUUCUUGGGCCCCACUGAGGCAGCAGUGCCAAACAGGUGGGUGUGGCUCAGGUGGGAAGUCAGCCAGCCGAGACCACCGGCCAAGGCUCCCCUCUGCGCAUGUCAGGCUGAGCGCUGCUCCCCCAGGUCAGGGUGGGCAGGUGGGCGUUGGCAAUUCCUCAGUGUCCUGAUAACUCAGCCCCGAAAAUGUCGUGCAGAAGACACACGCUUCUUUUUAUUCACCAGAGCUCUCACAGCUUCCAAACUAUAAUUUCAAACUCCAGCAGAGGGCUGGGACCUCUCAGGCCACUUGCCCAUAAGGUCUCGCCUAUCGCUCAUGCUGGCCCAGUACCGCACGGUAAGGAGCGGCAUCAAAGCUGACUGCAGUGCCCAGAAAACAGCUAACUAGCCCUCUCUGGCAGUGUAGCACAGAAGGGCAUGGGCGAGAAUGAACUCCCUACCACGCCUUCUCUUAUGCCAGAGUCCACUGAUUUGAUGAAAGAGGUCAGCGGCGGGAGCAUGAUUUCACGGCGCUGAUAUGCCUGGAAGCAGUGGGCUGUUUUGUUCUCUAUGCAGAUAAAAAUCUUUACCAGGAAGGGUGACCCAGCCACAGAGAUCACAUUGCAAAUUCUAGUUCAAAUUUCUAAAAUUAUAAAGGGGGUAGUUUUUGGAGAUUUGCAACCACCUGAUUGAUGGGUGCUACUCUGAAAACAAAAACACGCUCAAGCGCAGCUGCUAGGUCAUGGUAUUCCGUGAGCUCCCAUUUCACUUCGGCACCUUCCUCCUCUGGGGUCGCUCACUUCUAGAGGUUUUUUUUUUUUUUUUUUUUUUUUUUUUUCCCUGUGUUUUCCCAAAGCAGUUCCACUGAAGCUGGAAGAAAUACCCGUCUAGCAAGGUCUAGAUUUGGGCUAUAAGUGGGAUCUUAAAAGGAUUUUCUUAGAAACAGCACGGAUGCGAGAAUUUGCGACAAAGAAAAGCACAGGGGUUACCUUCCCCAGGCAGGGAAGGGGUUCCCGUGGCUGCGCUGGAACAUGGCUGCAUGUAUGUGAAGGUACAGCUGGGCUAAGCUGAACUCUCUGUGGGAAUUUCCUGAAAGGGCAACAAAAUAGCGCAUUCCUUGCCCUCCCUCGUCUCUGUUUAUUUCCAUUUAUGCCAGAAGUUUUCCAGAACACACCAACAUUUACAUCUAUUCUUUCUUAAAGGUUAGGCUCACACCAUCUUGGCAGGCUUUGGAUUCUGCAGAGGAGGCAAGGUCCCAUGUUCUUCCAUUCAGCCAACACUGACUGCGAGAAUACCAAGGGCUAGGUGUUGGGAAAGGAAGAGGUGUAGGCUCUGCUCUUGGGGCUCACGGUCCGGGGGUGCAGCACUGGAGACCAACAAAUGCAGACAGAGCAACCAAAGCGGACACGUCCGCAUGACCGAUGCCCUGGGCUUCAGCACACAUACAGAGAUUCCCUACAGCUAGCCUUUUUCUUAAUGUGCUUUUAAAUAAAUUGCAUAUCACAUCCACAACCAGUGCAUACCAUUGAAUUCACAUAACUGCCCCUUUCCUACAUCUUUUUUUAGUCCUCUAUAUUUCUUUAAAACUGUGGUUUUCUGAGGUCAUUUUGUCAUGUUAAUGUAGUGGCUUGACAAUGCUGCGUGUUAUCUAAGCUAAAGAUACAGUGCCUGGCCUGUGAAAUACGUCUUUGGGUGUUCGCAUAAGCUAAUUGUCAGUCAUCUUUUGAAAAGAAAAAGUAUUGAACUGCUUUUAGGGUUCCACAAGUCUGCCUACUGUAAAUACAUUCUGAGCUGAGGAGAUGGGGUGGAAUUGCUUUUGUUAGAUAAACUCAAGGGAAAUACAAAUGCAAAAUCUGACCAGGAGUGAAAGCGCCCCUUUCACUCGUGAGUUUGGAGUUAAAGUAACAAGAGUCUUGGGACAGAUGUGUGUGAUUUUUGUCAUCCGAGAGAGAGAACACGUGCUUUGGUCAACACCAGCGGUAUUGACUUAGUGCACACCCAGCAAACCACUCUCAUUUCUGGAGCCCUGUGUCCUAAGCAGUACCUUUGGGUCAUUUGAAGUUCUAUUCAAUUUGUCUAAAGGUGAUAGACCAUCUCUCUAGUAACCCUGAUUCAAAAAGCAAUUAAUAUGAGAGGAAAAGUUUUUUUAGGGAACAUAAACAUGUUUUUCUCAGGUUUCCCAGCUUCCGUGAAAUGGGCCCAAAUUUUGCACUGCAGUUUUCAUAUAUAAAUCACUAGAAUGACUAUAUUAGUGUUUUCCUGACCAGUUUCUUUUUUUAAAAUAUUUUUAUUUUAUUUAUUUGAAAGAAAGAGAUACGGAAAGAGGUAGACAGAGAUACAGAAAGGGCCAGAGAGACAGAGAGGUCUUCCAUCCGCUGGUCACUCCCCAGAUGACCACAAUGGCCAGAGCUAAGACGAUCUGAAGCCAGGAGCCAGGAGCUUCUUCCGGGUCUCCACGUGGAUGCAGAAGCCCAAGGACUUGGGCCACCUUUUACUGCUUUCCUAGGCCACAGCCGAGAGCUGGAUCAGAAAUGGAUUAGCCGGGACUUAAACCAGCAUCCGUAUGGAAUGCUGGCGCUGCAGGCCAGGGCUUUAACCCACUGUGCCACAGCACUAGCCCCCUGACCAGUUACUUAAUACCAUGUUUGUGGGGCUACUUUAAAAGGAAGAUCACUUUAUAGAUUAUUAUCAUGGUAACUCAGCCCCCCUGAAUGGAGUCCAAGGAAGAUCUACAUUUUAUAGAAUUCUUCUCCAAAGCAAGAGCUCUUUGAGUGAGGUUUCCUUGUGUGGAUUUGUGGUUUGGAGCCAGUUACUUGACUUUUUCCAUUUUAUCCUAUUUACUUGGCGGAUUCUGCUUUACUUCAAAAGAAUUAGAGGUGGCUAUUAAAAUAUAGAUGAUACAAAGCAAAAAGUAAGUGAAGACUCAAGGCAAGUGAAAAUACAAAGAAUAAGACAAAGCUAGAAAUAUGUUUAGUGCUCAAAUGCAGAACUCUGAUAUACAUUACUGAAUUUACCAGUGAGGGGACACCUUGAAAAAUAACAGAAUUGGUGAUAAAAACAGGAAGUGCUCUCGCCUGGGAAAAACAAGUCUUUCCCCAUGAGAGCAGAGAACUGAAAUACAUAGGUCACUGAACUCCCCAGAUGAGAUUCAAGCCUAGAUUUUACGAGUGACAUGUGCAUGACAUAUCGCUCUUGAGUGGUUAUUCAAUAAAUAUCUGAUGAUUGGAUGGAGAAUAAGUGGGAAGACAAUGAAAUAUGUGUGGCUUCCAUAUUAUGUGCAGUGGCCUAUAUUGAUACAAUAAUAAGCAAGAGAGAAAUCCAGCUGGUAAGAAAUAGGGGGAACAGGAUGUGUACAUAAAGAUCAACAGUAAGAGUGACAGGUGAGAUGAGGGAGUCGCAGUGCGUUGUGGGAGUUCAGUUAUGGACGAGACCUCCUUCCACUGGAGAGAUCAUGAAGAAUGCAGCACUUGUGCUGUGGCUUGUGGAACGGGCUGGGGUUCUCUAGGGAGGAAUGGGAGAAAGAGCGGCAAAGCAGAGGGUCAGCAUGAGUAAUGGGUACACUGGGGCUGACAGCCAUCUCCUGACUGGUGAUUUGCAUCGUCCCUCCCUCAAGGGAACACAAGCAGCCAAUCGGACCAGACCUUACGAUUUAGGUGUGAUUUGUACAUGGAAUGAUGAGAAAUACAGGAAAGGCAGCUUGGGGCUCACGCACAGUCUUAAAUGUCAGACCGAGCUGGCUGGCCCUCCCUGGGUGGGGCAUGGCUGGGAAGCGGUUGCAGUAUGAAUGAGGGCAAGUCGGACUUUAAGAAAGUGGAGGCAGUGGCUUUGUAUGUGCAUUCAAGAGCCUAGCAAAUCGCACGCACUCCCAGCUGAUUUAACAAACUAGAGGGGAAAAAUCCACAUUUUAAGCAACGUUGUCUUCUUUUGAAUCCUGAAUCUUAAUUCCAUAACCAACCUAGGAGAAAUAGGUUCAUCUACCGUGUGAACAGACAUGUAGAGUUAUUCACAGCCUCUUUAAAAUUUCCAACAAUAAAUUUCAGCAAACAAACCUAACCACUUUUCUGUGUACCUAAUUUAAACAGUAAAACCUCAGCUCCAGGUUUGACUCUGCUGGAAGGCAAGUCCACUUUGAACUAGCGGAGAGAGCUAAUUGGUAGGAUUCAGUGAAUAAUCCCUUUGAAAUUCUUAGUAACAAACUAAUUCUUGGUAACUAUCUACACAGUGGUGAUAAUGAGCUAUCUAAAUAAACAGUGAGUGAGGAAGUGUUGGGCAAGUUUAACAACUCUCCUCCAGAAUCUAUGGGUCGAUCAGGAUAUAAGCCCAGUAAUUAUCGGGAAACAAACACAAACUCCUUUAAAGAAAUAUCUUUAUUCUGCUGAAAAGAGCUGAUAAACUUGACAGCCUUUAAGUCCUGCGUGGAGGAAGUCCGCUGUACCAGGGACUACCUCGUCUCUGUCUUAUAAACAGAAGCUGCACACGUCUGAGAAUUCCCCGAGAAGAUUAAGGAGAUGGUUUUCCUCCUUCCCGCUAGAUUUUAAUCAGGGGCCGGGAAGUCAGUGGGAAAGCCACAGCGAGUCAGCCACAGGUGUGUCCACUUUUGAGCCUCAGAUGAGAAAGUGUGAAGUCAGAAAUCAGGAACCGUGUCCAAAGCCAGAGCCAGGCUCUAAUCAUGGAACCCCAGUGGCGAUGAAUGGUCCACUCUCGCUUGGAUUUAAGCUUCAGGUUAGUCCAGAGGUGGCCUUCAUUUCCUCCUGGGGGAGACGGAGAACAAAAGAAAUGCACUCCAAAUGUCACCACUCGUGACCUCACCCCUCUUUGCUGCUCUUUGGAACAAGACUUGUGAAGAAACGUGUUCAUGCAAACUGACCAUUUGUCUACAGAGGCCUUUUGGAGAUCCUAGGAUAGAGAGGCACCAGCAGGUGACCCGCCCGUGGCUGGCCCUGAAAGAGACAAUACUUCAACGAAAGGAACAGCACCCCACGCCCCAGGCUCCCACCCGAGCGCGUCCCUGGGGCAUUCUGUAUUGUGUUUCGCAGUUGGAAUGGUGUGAAUAGCAAAAAGCCCUCUGAUGCUUUCCUCUUUGCUCCACUUUAGUAACAAUGCAUCCUUCUGAACCCACUGGGCAGCUGCCUUUGGCCAUAGCGAUUUCCUCUCAGAAAACAGAACGUCCAUCUUUUUAAGACUUACAACCCAAGAUAGACUGGCGGGAGUUGUGAGCCCAUCAGAAGUGAACGUGUAUUCUGCAGCAUCUGCUAACAUAGUGUUAGACAUCACGAAGCAGCACACCACAUGCGUGGAAUUACAAACCCCACACAGGACUUACACAAAGCCGGCCUUGGGCUUCAGGUCUUCGGCCAGCAGGUAGCUCUGAUCUCUUCCUCUUUCAAAACAUUUAGUGCACAUCUGUUCACAUUCAGAAAGGAGGCAGCUUAUAUUAGAACUAGGAAACAGGGAGAGCCCAGGUUUUUAUGUUCUGUCCCUCUGUGCUUUCUUCAUUUUUCUCUAGUAAGCUCUCCUGACUUAGACAUUGGUGGCAUUGGGUCAUGUGAAUUUCCCUGAAAGUGCAGCCUUUGAACGAUUGUGUUUGUUCUGAUAUCGGGAUGAAGAGACUCUUCCAGGCACAUCUCCACACUGGUCUCAUGUACUUGUCUUAGGGCACAGUCCCAAAGUCGAGAAUUUACUCCGGAAAUCAUGAACCCACGCUUUCCAAAGCAAAGACUCUGUUAAUGUUCUGAUAGUGCAUAAAUACCUCAACUGUCUAGGCUGAGAGAAGGGGCCGCAGGGUUCUAAGAGAGCAGCUAUUUCCUUCAUUCCAUGUAGUCACACCCUCUGACACCGGGACUCAGCAUCCCAGCUUUUCUCACUGUGGAAAAGAAACAUUACCGUGGAAGUCACAUCCAAAGUUAUACAUACGGCUUGUAAAUUUUACUAACUUGUUUCGUUUCUGGUCCUUGAGAAGUACAACUUGCAUCUUGCAGAUGGUAAUUUCUGGUGUCGUUCUCUGCUAUUUUAUUUUUUUGCUAUGGAAUCGCUGUAUUUGUUAAAGUUUAUUCGUUUCGUGGUUUUUAAUCCCCAUUGGUGCACUGUACAAUGGGGUGUUGUGUGUCACGAAGAAAGAAAAAAUAUGCAGAUGUGUUAUGAAGUGUGUUUUAUUUUCAAAUGACUGUGAUGUUGACAAUAUAUUGAUUUAUCAAGAUACUAAGGGAAAAUUCUAAAUUUACCAAAAUGUGUAUAUUUUAAUAAAUGCAUAAAGCUUU